AUCAGUCGUCUUUAAGAAAUUCAGUUCAGUUAACCGUAAACAUAAGUGAGAUUAAUUUGAUCAAUCAUGAAGUUCAUUAUCGCAGUUUUGUGUCUUGUUCAGAUUGCGUUUUCGGCACCAAAUGAGCCGACAUUUGUUGAGCAAGCGCAACAAACUUUGGCAACUGUUCAACAGAAAGCCACUGAAGCUGUUGCUGAUUUAAAUGCAAAGGUUCUUGAAGCGACGGGUCUUAAAAGUAAUCAAGAAUUGUUAGGCUCUGUGCAACAACAAGCUGAAACUUAUGCCACUCAAAUCAAAGGAGUUGCUGAGAAAAUUAAUGAACAAGUUGCAGCCCAAAAGCCACAAUUUGAAGGAUUUUUCACUUCCAUCACUAAGCAACUUAUCGACAGUGCUUCAAGUAUUCUUGGAAAUGAAGAUCCUAACAAAGUACAAGAUUUGAAGAGAACAUUCAACAACGUUCUAGAACAAGCAAAUGCUUUAAACAGUAAAAUAACAGAGCAAGGAAAUGUUGCAUCAUCAGCUUUGGGUGAAACUGUUGGAAAACUUUAUCAACAAACACUCGAAAGUGCAAAGUCUCUUGCAACUCAACUGGAUAGUUCUGCUGCCACACCAGCAGCUCCAAAAUAAAAUAAUUAAAUCAUCACAUCAUACAUUUUAAUAAACAUCUUCUUGUUUGUGAUCUUCUAAAUGUAAUUUCAAAUUCUUUCUAAGGUAUAAUCAAUAAAUCAAUAAAUUAUAUCAGAAAAACA